AUCUUUUCUUUUUUGCUUAUAGUAAAAAAUCCCCUUUGUGUGCCCCUCAAAGAAGGAAAACGAGUACCUAUAUAUAUUUGUGAUUUUAAUUAACUCUGCUUAUUAGUUUCUUUUUCAAAAUGGGAAGGCAGCCAUGUUGUGAUAAAGUUGGAUUGAAGAGAGGUCCAUGGACUAUAGAAGAAGACCACAAGCUGUUGAAUUUUAUUAUUAACAAUGGCAUUCUAUGCUGGAGAAUGGUUCCAAAGCUUGCAGGUUUGCUGAGAUGUGGAAAGAGUUGUAGGCUAAGAUGGAUUAAUUAUCUGAGACCAGAUCUUAAAAGAGGGCCACUAUCAGAAGCUGAGGAGAAUCAGAUUAUACAACUUCAUGCCUCCCUUGGUAACAGGUGGUCUAAGAUAGCAUCACAUUUACCAGGCCGGACUGACAAUGAGAUCAAGAACCAUUGGAACACUCGGAUAAAGAAGAGGCUAAAGUUUCAGGGAAUAGACCCUUUAACUCACAAUCCAAUUGAGCCAACUAAUCUUGAAAAUUUUGACCAAAAAGCAAAUGAAACAAUCUUACAAUCCAACAUGCCAACACAUAAUCAUGAAAUAGAGAAGUCGUCGAUAGAUAGUGACACAAAGAGGAUAGAAAGAGGCAACACAUAUGAUAAGAGAAAUGAAGCAGAAAUCAAGAUUGAUGAUAUUGCUGAUGAUUUUUCAUUAGAAGACAAUGAGUACUACAAUUUGUGUGGAAACUUGGAUGUGGAUUUGUUGAGCAUUACUACUAAAACUAUGUCCUAUUCUGUUAAAACUGCUGAAUCUGCUACAGAAUCCUCAAGUAAUGUCAUCCAUGCAAGAGGACAAGACUCUAUGAAACAAUGGUGUUAUAGUGUGGAUUCACUUUUCUCAUGGGACAACAAUGUCAAUCAACUUGGAGAGGACUUUUUCUUUUGGAGAAACUACAACCACUGAUUACUCAAAUUUUGGAUGUAAUUAUGUUUACCAUUAAUCUUCAAGAAUUAAUAUUCGUUUUUGUAAUAGAAGAA